UAAGAAAUAUUUAAGUAGGAUAUAAAGUAUUCAAAAUACUAAACUGGGUAGCAUCUUCAUCUUAAUAAAAUGUUUUACAAUAUUUUACUGUCUUGUGUUUUCGUUCUCAUCGGAUUUAUUAAUUUAGCUAGUGGGGAGAUGCCACAGUAUUCAAAUAAAGAGCAGAAUCGAACUAAAGAAAUUCUAGAAGGCGGAAGUAUCGAUAUUGUGUGUAACAAUUCUGGUCAUGGGGGAUACUUUAUUUAUUGGCAAAGUUCUGACAAACAGUUCCAUUUGAACGGAAGUGAACUUUUGAUAACUAAUAUAGAACGUGGACAAACUGGGUUAUAUGUGUGCUAUGCUGUCGUUGGAUCUAAUUCGGAAGUUAUUGAUUACAUAUUCAUUGAUGUGCUAUAUCCAGCAAAGAUAUUAUUAUGGGAAACGCCCAGUUACAAACUUUAUCAGAACGAUACAUUAAACAUGGUUGUACAGAUAGAAGGGAAUCCGCCUCCUACAACCAUGAUCAUAUCAGAAAAGACUAGCAGAGUUGUAUUCAAAGAAGAUGUAGCCGGUUCAAAGAAUGUAACAAUAGAACCUGUGAAAUGCAAUGACAUGGGAACCUAUUUCUUACAAUCAGUGAACCGUUUCAGCUCAGUCUCACUUACCAAGAACAUAACAGUAUAUUGUGUCCCAUAUGCAAAUCCGGAUGUGCCAACAACUUUUGAUAUAACGCCACGUCUAGGCGAAGAAGCGGUGCUAGAAAUGCAUGCUGCGGCAUAUCCGCGACCAAAUUAUACCUGGUGGCAUAAUGGAAGAAAUGUUGAACAUCUAGAUGAUGGAUACACUAGUAACGUAAAGAUAGAAAACAUGGCUGUAGAUGACUACGGAUCGUAUCAUCUAGAAAUGGAGAAUCCGGUUGGAGUCGGCAAUUAUAUCUUUCACAUAAUUCCAACAGGUCCUCCAGAACCAACAAAAAAUCUCACAGUUUUGAAAAGCACGUCGCGCAGCGUAACUCUGAGCUGGGUGUCUGGGUACGACUACAACGAUACCCAAACAUUUUUUGUCAUAAAGCACCAAAGUGGAGGAUACACCAAUCUUGCCGCUUUUAAAGACUUGUCAGACUAUUCCGGAGACACAGUCACACACACAAUAGAUAACUUGAAGCCCGAUGUAUCUUACAAUGUAUCUGUCAUUGCAAACAACAAAAAUGGACAAUAUCAAGGACAGUUUGAAAGUGUCACCUUUACAACGCAAGGCAGUCAACUUUCAACUGGAUUAAUAGUUAGCAUUGUUAUUUCUGCAUCUGUUGUCUUAUCCCUGUGUCUCGUGGGGAUAUGUAUAGUAUGCAUGAGAAACAAAUGUCGUAGUGGAUAUAAGAGCAUGGAAGGAAGCAUUGAAUUUAGCAAUAGUGCUGAUUCUGUACCUGGCAAACGUGUGUGAGGCUAGGAAUCUUCUAUGCGCAGCCGUCAAAAAAGACAAAACAAUGAAAUUAAGACUGUGGACUUCCAGGGGGAAAAGCUCUAUAUUGAUGGUGCAGAAUAUCAGCAAGAUAUGAAUGAAUAGGAUGUUCACGAAGAGCUAUCAUUAAAGACACAUGUUUGAAAUGUUGACGGACAAAAAGACUUUUGAUCAGGAAUUAUUUGAUUGCGUAACUGAGCAUCAUUUAGCAUUUUACAAUGAAUUUAAGAGUUCAAGUAAAGUAAAUUUAAACUUGAAAAGAAAAAGGUUUUUGCUGUAUGCUAAUCCGGAAAGCAAAGCUAGAAAUACCAGAGAAAGGAUAGUGUAGUGGAGGUAUUUCAUUUUACUUCAGAUAUGAACAUAAAAAUCAUACAAAAAACUUUUGAAAAAUACCAGAGUGAAAUCAUUUAGGUUAAGCUAUUGGCAGAGUUAUUUCCCUUCAACGUGGAUGUUUAUUUUUGCCAUAUAAGAUACAAUGAUACAAUGAUACUCUGCGACCAAAGAGACGGUAACUCAUGUCAUAUAAAUAUCACUGAAAAUGAAUAUCAUUUUUAUUAGUAUAAUCAAUGCACCAUGACUUAAAAAGUAAUUACUUACAACCAUAUUAUUGUUACUGGCCAAAUAUCAUGAAAAUUGAAAAAAUUAUGCCAUCAAAAUCUCAACGUGUUAUCGAAAAUAUAUCUAAGCACAUGUAUAUAUUUUUAUAAUUCAUAAUCUCUUUCGUCUUCAGUCUUAAAAAAAUAUACCCAAUCUAUACUGUACAAGACACGCUUUUAUUUAUUUGUCCAUUUUGAAAUUUGUAAGUUAUAAUAAUUGUAACGCUCUUAAUGAUAAUAUGUCUUUCUUUUACUUAAUUUCGUUCUCUUUUGAGAAUAGUUUAACUUGCUACGACUCUCUGCUGUAUGAUUUCAAUUGAAUAAUAAUAUCUAUCAUUUAACUCGUAUUCUGUGCUGGUUAUAAGCAUGUGUGUUGCGUUUUAUGCUUUAUAAAAGUUUGUAUCAUA